AUGAUUUGGCUAGAAACAGCCGAGAGCUGGAUCUUCCAGGACCCGGAUUUCAGCGAAGCCAGUAUUGCUCAAACAGACGAUGACAGCCAGGAUUCUGAAGUUCGCCAGCGCCUUGACAUAUUGCAGGCUGCUUAUGGUAUCCUUCUGCUCAUGAACUGGGAGGGUGACACAAAGAUGAGACUCAGAGCUCGGAGAACACGGUUUACUGACAUUGUCUUCGUUUCCCGCACCCUGUACCCCUUCGCGAUACCUGCAACGAGCGAGGAAGCGUCCUUUGCUCCACGCAGCCUCCACGACCACUGGACAUCAUUCGGAUUACAAGAGGAGUUAAUCCGUACCCUCUUAUAUACCUUCCUUCUUGACUCUGCAUUCGUAAUCUUCUACGAUAUGAGUCCCCGAAUGGUAAUUAAUGAACUACAAUUUGGCCUCGCAGCUGCAGAUGAGCACUUUAAUGCUACAGAUGCCGAGACAUGGUUCAUGUGCACUCAAGCUGCGGUACAGAGGUCACUGGCGUGCAGCCAGAUCACGCUGUCUCAGUCCAUUACCAUGAUUAUGGGCGAGGACUUUGGUACUGGUCGAUGGGAGGUCUUUGAAACAAUAAGCCCAUUGAAUUUGUUUGCUAUUGCUAGUGCCUUCCACAAUCUCAUAUACCAUCACCAGAAUGGACCAGAUCCUUGCUCAAGAUCCUUGCCUAUCACGCGAGGGCUAAAGAAUUGGUUUCGGGUCUGGUCCAGUCACAACUUAUUCUCAACCCCCAGCAACUAUGUCUCCGUGGGAACAAACGAGUCUCGAAGAAGACUCGGGUUCUUCCUUCACGCAGAUGAGUAUUGGUGUCUCGCAAAUCUGUUCUGCAGCCAAUUCGAACGUGGCGUUAAUCCACACCGGUCUUUUGGAGAUACUCCUUCCCAGCGAUCCGGAGAAUUAUCAGACAUGGGCAAUAUACAUAGCUUGAUCCUUCGCUUCCAAGAUGCAGAUCUUGGAGAGAUAGUUCUAUCAUGA